GGGUGCCAUCCGGAGACCCGGGCUUCGCAUUUCUGGGCCAAGGAUGAACCCAGAGCUAGUAUAAAACCUCUUGGAUGGACAUCACACAGCCACAGUUCAGUUCUUACAUUUCAAAAGACACCAGGGCGAUGAAGAGCAUAAUUUUAGCGGUUCUCCUGGUGGGAUGUGCCUUGGCCGAAGAUGCACCCUACCCUCCUUCAGGAACAAGGCCUCAAGGGGCUCUAUUGGUACUACCAACGGAAUUAGGAUCUGCCAGUGAAAACAGACCUGCUCCUCAAUAUGCCGCACCUCAGUAUUUAGCACCACAAACAAAAUCUCAGGAAACUGAGAACUUGCAGAAGGCCAGUGAAAAUGCGUUAGAAAAGCUUCGUCAGGCUCAAGGCGCAGAUAGUGGCAGUUACUACGUUUACCUGGCAGACGGUCGGUUACAACGUGUUCAAUACAUAACCGCACCUCUUCGUCAGUCUCCUCCUCAGAGCAACAACCAGCAAGUCAAUUUACAGAACACCCAAACCUUCCAAAACACACAGGCUCUACAAUUCAACCAACAGAAUGCUCAAGCUAACGCCAAACUACAAAACGUUGGCCAAGACCAGAGCCAAAGCCAAGCACAGGGACAAUAUAGUUACCCCCAGCCGGCAUUCAAUAGCCAAUAUCAGCAAGCAGCCAGUGGACAAUACAAACAACAACUUACUGGCAGCCAAUACCAACAACAGGCAUCCUUCAACCAGCUCAAGCAGCAACCGUCCGGAAAUCAAUUCAACGAGGAAGCUGCCAGUACUCAGUACAGCCAGCAGGUUCCAAGUGGUUCCUACAGGCAGCAGCAACAAAAACCUGAAAAACUCAAACAACAGCCCAGUGCUGCCCAACAAGCCCAGUACCCCCAGGGAUUUGGCCAGCCUUUAGGCAGCAACCAAUAUAGCAAGGUGUCAUUCCAAGGUGCAAGCAGCAAUGAAAAUCCUGCUCCUGCUCAGCAGCAGCUGUAUCCACUACAACAGCAAAAUCAACUGGAACUGCAACAGCCUGAACAAAACCAGUUUCUGCUCCAGCAACAGGUCUACCAGCAGCCAGAACAAAGCCAAUUAGCUUUUCAACAACAGAUCUUGCAGCAACCAUUGGCAGCCAGCUACGUUGCUAGUGUCCAAUUCACCGAAGUCCAGCCAAUCGCCACUCCCAUCUAUUCCUAUACCCCAGCUCCUUUGGUUCGCAUUCUGAGGUAUGCACCUAGGUACCAAUAAGUGACCUAAUAGCCUUGAGGCUGUACAAUAUUUACAAUAAGUAUUUUUAAUAAAUUAAUGAAACUGAAAAGUAAAAGUUCUAUAACAUCUGUAAUUAAUAAAUAUAUUGUACCAAAAGUAGAACGGUUUUUUUUUAUAAGAAUGUCUACCAAUAGAUAGUAUUAAAAUAGUCUCUGUCUUGACAUAUUAAUAUUUAAAUCCAUUACAGUCCCGUGUCAUAUUGUUAUCCACAGUUAUAAAUCUCAAUAAAUAAAAUAUUUUAAA